UAAAGGAGCGGAUACGGAGCAGGCAACAUCACUUCCGGGGCCACCAGGAGCUAUGACCGCCUACGCGGAGCCGAGGCGGCGCCCUGGAGUUGGGGUCGGCGUGGUGGUGGUGAGCUGCGAGCAUCCUGGCUGCGUCCUUCUGGGGAAGAGGAAAGGAUCGUUUGGAGCCGGCAGUUUCCAACUUCCUGGUGGCCAUUUGGAAUUCGGUGAGACCUGGGAAGAGUGCGCUCAGAGGGAAACCUGGGAGGAGGCUGCCUUACACCUGAAAAACGUGCGCUUUGCCUCCGUGGUCAAUUCUUUUGUUGAAAAGGAGAAUUACCAUUAUGUCACCAUAUUAAUGAAAGGAGAGGUGGACAUGGCUCAUGAUUCAGAGCCAAAGAAUAUGGAACCUGAAAAAAAUGAAAGUUGGGAGUGGAUUCCUUGGGAAGAAUUUCCACCACCAGACCAGCUGUUCUGGGCUCUCCGUUGUUUAAAAGAGCAAGGCUACAACCCAUUUAGAGAUGGUCUGAACCACCUGGACGGGUAUAGGGGCGAGCACCUCGAAGGAGCCAGGACAAGUCCUUGAUUAAAAAAAAAAAAAAAACUUUA